UCUGCAAACCUAACCAUCCCCUCACCGCUCAAUCUCACCACGGCCGGCGAGGACACCGCAUCUCGAUCUACUCACCGCAUCUCCGGCGAGGACACCGUCUCAUCGUCGAUUCACUGCCCCACAACCUCAUCCGCCGUCUCCACCGCCACAGGGUCGCCGACGCUGCUUCGAGCCGCCGCCGCUGCUUCGAACCACCGCUCCAGCCCCUGCUUCGUUUAAUCAUUUCAUCAUCUCAGGGGAUUGGUAAUCAUUUUACAUGGUCUGAAUGAGCACAGGUUUCUGAUGCGGAUCAUAUUAUGCGGUUCAUAUCUGGCCUCUGUAUGGCCAUUCCCUUUUUCAAGAGGGGAGCAUCAAGCAACAAGUUUCUUAACUAUCUGAACAAGCAAUUUUUUCCUGUUUUUGACAAGCUUUGAGAAGAGCGAAAGUUGGACUUGCUGAAGGAUGUAGCAGAUUGUUCCCCCUAUGCAAACCCACAAGAUUCUCGUCAGCUUCUUUCACCCAUUGUUCAGCUUCUAAAGGUGUAUGUAGACAACUAUGAGUAAUCAAUCUACAUCUAUUCCUGCUUCUGCACCACCUAGAAGAAGAGGCCCUAACUCUUCCAGAAAUUUGAAAAAGAAGAAGGCAAAUGAACCAAUUUCAAUUCAAUUUGAUGAGUGCAAUAGGCCAAUUGGACCAUAUUCGAAGAAGUUUGUGUCUUAUAUUGGGAUUAUGGUUCGUUCUCAAGUAGAUAUCAACUUCAAGAAUUGGCGGAGUGUAAAGCAAACCAUUAAAGAUUCAAUCUGGGAAGAUGUGAAGAAAGAAUUUGCUAUUGAAGAUGUUUCAAAGAAGUCUGUGGUUUUGAAAAUUGCAUCAAAAAGAUGGAAAGAUUUCAAAAGUAGAUUGAUUCGUGAACAUUAUAACAAUAAGCACCCACUCUACGAAUCUCCUGCACAACUUUAUGAUUACUUGUCGGUUGAGCAAUGGGAGAAGUUUGUUGCAGGACGGCAGACUGAGGAGUUCAAGGAGAAAAGUCGGAAGGCAAAAGAAAGUCAAGCGUUAAAUGUGCAUCCACAUUUCUUAGGUUCUGCUGGAUAUGCAUCUAAACGACAAGAGUGGAUGAUAUCAGACCCCUUAUCUUCACAAUCUUCGUGUGCUACUAUUAGCUCUUCUUUGAUGUCCGAUGACCGAAGCUUUGAUUGGGUACGAGCAAGAACAAAAAAAGCAAAAGAUGGAAGUUAUUAUAUUCCAAACAAAAAAACACAAGAAGUAUUUCAGAAAAUUGUAGAAAAAUGUGAAGAAGUUAGUCAAGGGACUUUUCAACCGAAGAGACAUCAUGAUAUAUUGUCAGCAGCUAUUGGAAAGGAAGAUUAUUCGGGUUCUGCAAGAGGAGUUGGUGGAUACGCUACUAUCCAAGGAGUGUUUGGUAAACCAGAGCAUCAUAGAAGCACAUCGAGUGGAGUUGUCUCGGUUGAUGUUGUCAAAGAAAUGAUGGCGAAAUGCAGGCAAGAUGCAAGGCAAGAUGCAAUGACGGAGAUGGAAGAAAGGUGGCAACCCAAGAUUGAAGCUCUCAACCAACAACUCCAUUUUUUGAUGAAGAACAUGCCAUUAACACAUUUAAUUCCACAAGGUGUUUCGGAUGGAACUCCUCAAAGUGUCCCUGCGCCUUGUGAUAUACCUCAGACCUGGAGCAGUUGUCAUUCAGUUGAUCCAAUUGCCACAAUUCAGAGUGCGAAAAGGUGUAGACUUGCAGUAUGUUCUGGUGGGAUACCGAUUGAGGUUGCAACAGGUAUUGUUCACCCAAGAACAAAUGAGACCAUGGUGUAUCAUCAAUCACUAUUACCAAAUUGUGUCAAAGUUUUUGUUGAUGAUGUGGUUGAUGGUAGAGGAAAAUUUAAUAUUCCCGUGCCAACACAACUUUAUGCUACUGUAGAAGAUAUCAUUGGCAAUUUUGCACAGUGGCCUAUACAUUUAGUGAUUUUGAAUGAGGAAAAAAAGAGUUCACCAAACCAAAAUAAAAAUAUGGGAGAUCAAAGUGGUGAACUAUCUACUACUGGAGUGCGACCUCCCAUUGUUGGAGAUGAUGUCUUACAGCACUUAGGGGACAAUUGCAAGUACUUAGUCAGUUUGUUGACAUCAUUUCGACUUGAUAAAGACUGCAUAGAGUUGGAGUGUGAUGAAACAAUCUUCUGUCAUAGAAACACGCGUUUUAUUUUCGUGAUGGUGGAAGAUAUAAAGAAUUUGAUGAUGAUGACAAAUUGGCUUGACGUGUCAAUCAUACAAGUGUUUAUAUUAUUUCUUAAUCAGUUGUGUAAUCAGAAUCAAGUUACGUCGAUCGGGUUUGCGUGUCCAACGCAAAUUUCAAAGGAUAUGGCUAAAAGGAACGGUCCUGCUGUGGCGUCAUAUUUCAUUAAACUCAUGGAGCAGCAUAAUAAUAAACAAUUCAUUUUAGCACCAUAUCAUCAAGACAAUCAUUGGUUACUUCUGGUGAUUUGCUUACGCUCAAAAAGCGUAUAUGUGUUGGAUCCCAUGGCUUCUAAUCGCCGCACCAUUCAAGUUAAAGCUUCUCUGAAUAUGGCAUUUCGUUCUAUUCCUACUGGUGAUGGACGAGCGACUAAAAAUAUCAACUGGAAGACAUGCAAAUGUCCACAACAAGUGGGAGGUUAUGAGUGUGGAUAUUAUGUGAUGCGAUACAUGUUUGAUAUUGUGACAAAAUAUUCAACUGUUGAUAAAUUAGAUGAGGUAUUUGAAAGCAAUCCGUACUCUACCGAUGAAAUUGAUGAGAUUCGAGACUAUUGGGCAAAGUACUUCUUGGAAGAGUGCAUGUAAUUAACUUGUUUUUUUGCUAGUUGGUUAAUUAAAAGUUUUUAGGUAAUGCAUGUGUUAACUAUAUAUUAGGAUGGAUUGUGAGAGUAUUGUAUGUGUUGAAAGUAUUUGGAUGGAUUAUGAUAUAGUGUUAAAAUUGUAUUAUUGAUAAUAUUGUGUUAAAUUAGGUUGAUGGA